GACAGUUCUGUUUUAACGAUUCUGAUAUUAAUGAAACAUCUUUGUAAAGGGUUGAAGUGUCUUCCUGAAUUGUCAAUAUAUUAAUGAAGCAUGUCCUGUGUUGAACAAGACAAGCUGGGACAAGCCUUUGAAGAUGCUUUUGAGGUGCUGAGGCAACAUUCAACCGGAGAUCUUCAGUACUCUCCAGAUUACAAAAAUUACCUGGCUUUCAUCAACCACUGCUCUCAUGUCAGAGGAAAUUCCAACUGCUAUGGUGUGCUGCCUACAGAGGAACCUGUCUAUAAUUGGAGAACAGUAAUAAACAGUGCUGCGGACCUCUAUUUUGAAGGAAAUACUCAUCCAUCUCUGCCAAAUAUCCCUGAAAACCAACUGGUACAACCUGCUGUUCUCCAUCAAAAGGGAGGAAAAGGCAGGAAGAAGCUCCGACUGUUCGAAUACCUUCAUGAAUCCCUGUGUAAUCCUGAGAUGGCAUCUUGUAUUCAGUGGGUAGAUAAAACCAAAGGCAUCUUUCAGUUUGUGUCAAAAAACAAAGAAAAACUUGCCCAACUUUGGGGGAAAAGAAAAGGCAACCGGAAGACCAUGACUUACCAGAAAAUGGCCAGAGCACUGAGGAAUUACGGAAGAACUGGGGAAAUCACCAAAAUCCGGAGAAAGCUAACUUACCAAUUCAGUGAAGCCAUUCUCCAAAGACUCUCUCCAUCUUAUUUCUUAGAAAAAGAGAUCUUCUACUCACCAUAUGUUCAACCUGAGCAAGGCUUUCUCAGCUUCAGUAACUGGAAUGCAAAUUGUAAUUGUCCAUAUGCUGAUUAUCAUGAGCUAAGCCACCCUGAUUGCUAAAUAUUCUCUUAACAUUUCAUGAUUUCCUGGCAUCAGAAAUCCCUACCAAUUUCAAGAUUUUUCUCUUAAAGCAAAUGCUGGAGAGGGAAAAACAACUAACUUCAUUGUUUCUAAUCUUUUAUUAAACAGAUUAUAAUCUAUACAGACUUGGUGAAAAAAAUCUGCCAGUGAACGACUUGUAAAUGAUCGAGCCCCAUUUGAAAGUACAGACUAAAUGUCCUUCCUCUUACUAUUGUUUAUGCAACACUUUCAGAUAAACAAUGCUAGUAGAGAUUAUUUUACCUAUAUUGAUUUAAACAUUGUUUUCCUGUCA